CGGGCGAAGAGAGGGGCCGGGGAAGGUUUGGGGGUUAGAGGUUGGCUUCAACACAAAGGAACAAGCGGCUGAGAAGACGGUAGGAAGCGAAGAACCAAUCACGGCGGCAGCCCGGCGAUAAAAGGGUUUGCGAAGGGACCCGGGGAGGGGAGAGCUCGCAGGAAACGGCUUCGGCUCCUUGAGCUCCGGGGAGAAAAGGCAACGAGAGACCCCCGCUGCUGGGGGGUGGGAAAGGGGACGGGACAGCCAGACGGACGGAGCAUAUGGUGUUGCAAGAGCUCUGUCUGAGCCACCUCCUCGAGGAACAGCAGCCCACCAACUUCAAGCUCAGGAUUAAAUAGACAGAGGAGGGGAAGGAACCAUGUUCCAGGCCACGGGAGCCGCCAGCCCAGCUUCAGCUCACGAGGCAAAGAACAGCUCAGGAGGCAGCACGGUGCAGCGCUCCAAGUCCUUCAGCCUGAAGGCACAAGUGAAGGAGCUGUGCACCGCCUGCCAGAAAACCGUCUACCCCAUGGAGCGGCUGGUGGCGGAUAAGUUUGUCUUCCACAACGCCUGCUUCUGCUGCAAGCACUGCCACACCAAGCUCAGCCUGGGCACCUAUGCAGCUCUCCAUGGGGAAUUCUACUGCAAGCCCCACUUCCAGCAGCUCUUCAAGAGUAAAGGCAACUACGACGAGGGCUUCGGGCGCAAGCAGCACAAGGAGCUGUGGGUGCACAAGGAGGUGGAGAGCGGGACCAAGACGGCGUGAGCGAGGCCAAGCCCCCCACCUUCCUUUUCCCUGGAGCUCAGCAGAGAUGGGAUGAAGCAGUGCUGAGCCAGGGGCUAACUGAGCUGAUGUAAAGCAAAGGCUGAGCUUGAGCCUGGGGGGCAGUUUCAGGUCUGCCAACCAUGGAAAAGGAGAUGAUCCGGGGCCUGGAAGUCUCAGCAGAGCUGCCAGCUCCCGCCACACCAGUCCUGGUGUGUCCUUGGUUUACAUCAGCUCAGUUCAGCUGGCAUUGUUCAGCCUUAAGGAUCUUGCCCUGUGACUGUUUAACAGUGUCUUGUCUUUUUGAUAUUUGCCUUUGAUUGGUACGUUCUGUGCUGGAGCCUGGCACAGCAGCUUCAGCCCCGCACCGCGCCAGGCGCUCUUUUAUUUUUGUAAUACAAGGUUUUGGAGCCUU